UGAGUUCUACCUCAGUGGAUAAUACAGAGUGCGUCCGACGCAAAAGUACCGGCAUGUUAAAUCCUCAAAGGAGUCAUUAAUAAAUGCGUAACAAUUGAUUCAAAAUCAGUGUACAAUUGUUCACUAGUGAUUUCGGGAUUAUGGAACUUGCCAGGCAUGUGUGGAGGUCCUCCACGUAUGUCUACAAGUCAGGGCUUCAGCCAGUGCUCAGGCAAAGCAGCAGCAACGCUUCAAACGUAGCCCUUUCAUGCCUCUCAAAAUACCAAGACACAUCAGGGCCCUCGGGUCCGUCGUCCAGAGAGGCUAAACCGAAUGACGAUUUGAUUUUGAAUGCCCUCGGGGCGACGGACGAGUUAUCCUGCUACAUUGGCCUGGCACGAGAGUUCGCCUGUGACAGCAGUGUGGAGCAUCCCUACGUGGAUAAGUUGAAGAGAGUGCAGAUGAUAUUAUUUGACUUGAAUCAUGCGAUAUCGAGGUCCAGGGAUCAGAGGAGCAAUUUAUUCGAGGAUAAACACACGAAAGAUCUGGAGGAGUGGAUCACUGAGUAUGCGAAUCACUUGCCACCGCCAGAGGACUACAUUAUUCCUGGAGGUGGAAAGGCCAGUGCAUCAUUACACGUAGCCCGAGCAAUAUGUCGACGAGCUGAACGCUCAGUGGAAAAGCUAGUGCAGGACGGUGCCGUUGAUAGUGAAGCAAAAAAUUAUUUAAACAGAUUAGCUGAUUUUCUUUUAACUGUAUCGAGAAUAGCUGCGAAGUACGAUCAACGUACGGAAAAUAUAUACAUCCCUCGCGCAGAAAUUCCCGAGGAGAAAUAAAUGAUAAGCCAAAUAGUUGUAAUAAUGAGACUAAAACUAGAAGCGAAUGAAUACGAUAAAGUUUUCAUUGCGGGAAAAAAGCCCUGACGUCGUAGACACAGACAUUUCAAUUUAGAUAUUGCCCACGAACUAUUCGAAAGUUGCACAAUGAACAUAUUAAUUUUUAUCUAUGCCGUGAGACCUUUGUCACAUUGAAAAUUGUAAUUUUUCGUAUUGCUAUGUUAUUCGGAUGAUGAAAUCAAGAAUUCAGUGAUUAAUUAUGAUUGUUAAUUUUGGUUGUUCAUGGAAUGACAAAACAAUUAACGUGAUCGAAUCAGUGUUGUAUAGAAACAGUUUAGAAGAAUAAUAGAAACCUUAUACACUGAAUAAUUACUCAUUUUAGGAUGUAACUCCUACUGUAUAUAUUAUAAUUUUUAUGUGAAAGCUGAUCGACUUAUGGGUAAUUAAAUAUUUAAAUAUAAAA